AUGCUGCGCUUGUCGCCGCUACUCCCGCUGCUGCUUAUGCUGCCGCCGCUGGUCCCCAGCCUCGGGCUCCGGGACGCUGGCGGUCGGCACCCGGAGUGCGGUCCGUGCCGCUCAGAGAACUGCCCCGCGCCCGCGCGCUGCCCCGAGCCUGGGAUCGUUGCGCGCGACGAGUGCGGUUGCUGCGUGCGCUGCCUGGGCGCGGAGGGCGCCAGCUGCGGSGGGCGGGCAGGCGCGCGCUGCGGCCCCGGCCUGGUGUGCGCCAGCCGGGCCGCAGGGGCGGCGCCCGAGGGCACCGGGCUCUGCGUGUGUGCUCAGCGCGGUCCUGUCUGUGGCUCCGACGGCCGCUCCUACCCCAGUGUAUGCGMGCUUCGUCUGCGCGCCAGGCACGCGCUCCGCGCGCACUCCAGCCACCUUCAUAAGGCACGCGACGGCCCCUGCGAGUUUGCUCCUGCAGUCAUCCUGCCACCCCGGAGUGUUCACAAUGUCACCGGGGCGCAGGCAUACCUGUCCUGUGAGGUGAGGGCCGUGCCCACCCCAGCCAUCACAUGGAGGAAGGUCACACACUCCCCUGAYGGUACUGAGGUGCUGGAGGAGUUACCUGGGGAUCACGCCAAUAUAGCUGUCCAGGUGCGAGCUUCCAACCACGAGGCCACAGCCUGGAUUUUGAUCAACCCUCUGAAAAAGGAAGACGAAGGAGUGUACCAGUGUCAUGCGACCAACAUGGUCGGGGAGGCCAGGUCUCACGGCACAGUGACCGUCCUGGAUCUGAAUAGAUACAGAAGCUCCCUCUCCCCGGCUCCAGCAGGCCUCCUGUGA